UUCAAUAUUUUUAUUACUUCAGACAUUUUUAAAUAACAUAAAUUCUUGCCCCAGCUCCGGAUCCAUGGUUAUGUCCUCUUUUAUCCCUUUUUGUUCCAUUGGGUUCUCCUUAUUCGAUAAAUGUGGCCAUAAAAUAGCGAUGAUGACAUGUCCUUGUUUGCAGUAUCGCCGAUCAGCGGCGACAAACAUUCACAAAAAGGCCAAAAUGCGCUCGCUUUACUGCUAAUCUGGCAGUUGGCGGAGAACCCAUAUUUUCACUACCAUAUUUUUCUUUGGUUGCCUUUUGUCAUUCUUCCACAUUGUUGCCAAGCUUUCUCGAUUCUCGAUGCCGAUUAUGAGAUCCGACGAUUGAUUGCAAAAUCGCGCAUCAUGUGCUUUGCUUUUCUAUUUGUUUGA